AUGAAGAUGUCUUAUGAUGAUCAAAACUGUGUAGUGGAUGACACUUUACCAGCUUCAUCAGCCGACAACUAUAUUGACUGUACAUCAAAAGAAAUGGUUGCAGCAGGACGAACUAAGUGUUGUAAAAUAGAGGGAAGUGUUGGGUGUUGCGAACCUGGUGGCAGGUGGAAGAAAAUUCUUGCCAUGAGCCUGGGUAUAGGACUGACAUUCAUAACUUUAGCUGUUAUUUAUAUCUAUUUGUUUUGGUGUAAGAAGGACACGAUUCCCUGUCUCGGUCGUUGUCAGGAUAAAAUACAAAAGAAAUACCAUCAAGCUGAAGAAUCACUUCCAUGUUGUGCCAGUCGCGUCGAAAGACGUAAACAAGAGGAGGAAAUCAUGGAAAAGUCAAAAGAUCACCCGGCAUUCAGCUUACCAGACGACGAAUUUUGUAACUCAAAUUAUAAAGAAGAGUGGUGGAGUGGACAAACAAUAAAAAACUUUUGAUAUCAGAAAGCGUCAUUG